AUGGAAGAGAAGCGUUUUAGCAGGAAAGCUGAAAUGAGUCCCAAGGACUGGAGACCAUGUGUGGCACAACUGAAAUGUGACUAUCCCAGCGCUGUGGUUCUUAGUACUGAUGACUUCUUUAUCGAAAACGGUGUAUACGUGUUUGAGCCUGACUUGCUAGAGGAUGCGCACAAAUGGAACCAAAAGAGAGCACACAAGGCAAUGAAGAAUGGGAAAAGCCCGGUUAUUAUUGAUAAUACCAACAUCCAUGCUUGGGAAAUGAAGCCGUACGUGAUGAUGGCACGUGAAAAUAGAUACGAAGUUAUAUUCCAAGAACCAGAUACACCCUGGAAGUUCAAUGUUCAAGAACUGUCGAGAAGAAAUAUUCAUCAUGUCCCUCGAGAAAAGAUAGAACGGAUGAAAGAACAAUACGAGCACAAUGUUACCUUCCACAGCGUUCUUCACUCUGAAAAACCAAGCAGAGAUGAGAGAAGCUCCAGUAGGCCAAAUGCAGCUUACGGCACGGGUUCCCACUCCAACCCAUUUCCAGCCUUCUCAAACAGACGACCUCGCAUGGCACGUCCAAACAACAUGCCAUGUAACUGAAGAGGGGGAUUCUUCAGUGUAUUUUAAUUAUCAGGGUAUAAAAGUCUCUAGUUUUGUAUUUUUUUCUAAACUUUUUUAUUCUUGUAUUUUUUCUACUACAUUUCUAAAUUACUUCCAUGGCUUACAAGUUUUUAAAUGUCACUGGAUUAUGAUCUCACAGCUCUACAGGACCGCUAUAAGAGCACUAUCCUUGGUACAAACUGUAUUCCCUCUCAUCCCUCGUCCUCCAUGAAAAUCCAUUCAAGCUUACGGUGAAAUUUACUGGCUGUGCCAAACGCUUUUCCCUGCAUCGCACUGUUGUCACUAAUGGACGAUAAAUAUUCCUAAAUUUUCUUUCUUACAGGCCAUGUGGCCAAUUCCUUCUCCAUGCAGCUGUCCUUUCUUGCCAUUUUAAUACUUUAUAUCUGGCUCUAUAACCUUUGGUAUCUUCCCACUCCAUCUUGCCUAGACCAUUACUGCCAGCUUUAAAGAGAGGCAAAGAGAACGGUGGAAAAGGUAGCUGGAACAGAUUGUAGCAAGAUCUGAUGCUGUUCCCUAUUUACAACUCUGCUGUCUGGAUUCAUGUUGGUCUUACCUCAGCUCUAUCAGAGCCAAACGGCUUCUCCAGCCCGGAGGUGAAACACUUUAACGCACCAAACUGAGCCCUUUAUGUUGCCAAGACAUAGGAAUUCAACCGAUCCUGAGAUGAGUCUGUGCAUGGAGGCUCCUAGAAGGAAACAUUAGUGUUAGGCUAGUGCUAGUUAACCUGAAAGUAGGAACAGGGCUACAGGAGCAGCUCUGAAGAGCUGAAGCACAAGGCUACCAAACACCCAGACUAACUCAGAAGUACAAAAUAAUGACUUAAGAAAGGAAGGGGAAAAAAAAAAUAAUCUUCUUGUAAGGGGAGAAAUCAACUCCUUCCAUCACUAAGUGCUGAGAAGCCACUGACUGAUGGACGAGUGAGGAAAGAAGCUAUCCCGCAGUAGUUUUAUCCAUAUCGUUUAAUUCUGCCAAUUAUGUCCUUAUCAAGAAGCCUCAUCAAACAUUUUUAAAACUCAGCAUUUGUGAUGGCAAUUUUUUUUUUUUAAGUCGGUGUGGAUUAUUAGGCAGUGCUAAUAGAACAGGGCAGUGGGGAGUUAUUUUGCAGUAGGAAAUGAAGACAGCUUACAUAGGACGUUAAGAAAUAUGGGUACAGCUGCUGUUCAUCUACGAAUUUAGUGGACAGAGAAGUAGAAGAGGUAUAAGGAAAUAUGCUGUUUCUGGGCAAAAGCCAAGCUGUAAUCAGGACACAGCAGAUGUACAAGACAAAUUGCAUUUUCUACUCAAGCUGCAUUUAAAAGCAGUGCCAUCAUUGUGAACUACGGGGCCUAGGGAACCUGGCUCUGCAGUAUUGUGCGAAGGUUUACAGAACUAUCAGCAAGUACAGUUACAUCCCGUCCUGCUCCAGUGUCCAGCUUGGUGACAGGAGCCACUCCCAGUUCAGCACUUGAGCCAAGCAAAUGGCAGAGGACCCCUGAAGGGUGGCCGAGUGGGAAGCUGGGGGUCUCGGUUCUGAAACAUCUUCCACCCUUUGACCCAGGCAGCAGGGCAAGGGGCAGCCUGACAACAAACCAGCUCAGAUGUGGAGUUGGCAGCCAGUCUGGCAGGACUGCUUCUCUCUCCAGUGGAGAAACUCCAGUUCUGAGAAGCUUCCUCUGCUGAAACGAAUGAGAACAAAGUAAUGAAUUCAAGUACUAACUCACUCCCAUCAGAAAGAUCUCAUGAUGAAAUCAAAGAAUCUUUCAUGAUGCUGUGGCCUCAAGUGCUUCUUUGAGAAGGGAGCAGCUCAGAAACACUGACGAAGGAUCUGUCGUUAAUACCUGCGCGUGGCAUUUUGCUAUGAAUCUGAUAACCAUAGCUGUUUUCUCAAACUCUUUUAGGGCUGUAUGGAAAAUUUGAGGGGAAAAGUACAAGAACUGUGGCAGAAUUGAAGUGUUGUGCUUGGUAACAGUAAGCUUAGAGAAUUGUUUAUUUUGUGCUACUUCUGACAGCCAAACAACUAUUCUAAUAUUACAGAGGGUAACAAAACUGAUUGCUUUAGACUGAAACAGAGGUCCUGCUGUAAUUUAAGAAUACAUCAGAAUCAAAGCAAUGGCUUAUAAAACGUCACCAAACCUUCAGCCACACUGAUGCUACCGUACGAUAGAUGUUUGUAUGAGAAAUGUAUAAUUACUCAUCUCCAAAUUAUUUUGCAGAUGAAAUGUCAUUUCAUGAGUCUUGGUUUUUGU